AUGGGCACGAACGACGCCCAAAAUGCGGCCGGAGAACUUCCCUCGCCGGCCGAUGCUUUCAACCCCAAAUUAACCGAAAAGCCCAAGCCUAAAGACGAAGACCCUUCCAAAGGAUCUGGAGGUUCUUAUAUUCGCAUCUUCACCUAUGCCCAACCUAUCGAUAUCGUACUCGAGCUCCUGGCAUUUGUUGCCGCGGCAGGCUCUGGCGUCGGACUCGCCAUUGUCAACAUUGUGAUUGGUAACUUCAUCACCAUUCUCAACAGGUUCGUGGUCGGCGAGAGUACUGCAUCCGAAUUCAUGAGCAAUGUUUCCAAGUAUUGCCUUUACUUUGUCUACAUUGGUAUUGGUCGAUUGGUGCUCGUGUAUAUAUACACGACCUUGACCACCUAUGUCGCAUACAGAAUUGUGCGAAACAUCAGACAGCAGUUCUUCAAGGCUGCUCUGGCGCAGGAAAUCGCCUUCUUCGAUCUUGGAUCAGGAGGUUCAAUCUCAAUGCAAGCCACAACAAAUGGCAACUUGAUCCAUUCAGGCAUUGCCGAAAAGCUAGGCUUGUGUGUACAGGCCUUGUCCACUUUUGUGGCUGCGUUUGUCAUUGCCUUUACCAGUCAAUGGAAACUGACGCUUAUACUCAUAUGGCUCGCCCCGGCACUCAUUGUAUUGAUGGGAAUCGUCGCAACCGCCGAAGCAAAACUCGAGACCAAGAUGCUGGGUAUAUAUGCCCAGGGCGGCGCCUUUGCAGAAAGCAUACUAUCGACUGCCCGGACAGUCCACUCUCUCGGGGCUCGUACGCGACUCGUAGCUCGCUACGACGAAUACCUUUGCAAGGCUAAGGCUCUCGGCGACAAGAAGAGUCCCAUCUUUGGGCUCUUCUUUAGCUUGGAAUACUUUCUCAUCUAUGCGGGCAUGGGACUGGCGUUUUGGCAGGGCAUCAAAAUGGUCGCGAACCAGGAGGUGUCUUCACUAGGAACAGUUUUCACUGUUCUGAUGUCAGUCAUCAUUGCUACGAUUUCCAUCACCAUGAUAGCCCCUUAUACCAUCUCAUUUGGCCGAGCGGCUACGGCAGCUAGUCAAGUGUUUGCCCUCAUCGACAGAGUGAGCGAAAUUGACCCAUUCGACCAGACUGGAGAAAAGCCAGUGACGACUGAAGGAGUCUUGGAUGUGGAGAAUAUUACAUUCAGUUAUCCUACCAGGCCAGGUGUCACUAUUCUGGACAAUUUCUCUUUGCAUGUUCCUGCCGGGAAAGUGACUGCUCUCGUGGGAGCAAGUGGCUCUGGGAAAAGCACCAUCAUUGGCUUGAUAGAACGAUGGUACAAGCCUUCAAACGGAACGAUCAAACUAGACGGGAUCCCGAUCGAGAAGAUGAACCUCAACUGGCUCCGGACAAAAAUUCGCUUGGUGCAGCAAGAACCAGUCUUGUUCAACGGCAGUGUAUUCGAAAAUAUUUCUUAUGGCCUAGUCGGCACCCCGUGGCAGAAGGAGUCCCAAGAGAAACAAAUGGAAAAGGUGGUCCAAGCCGCCAAGUUUGCCUUUGCCCACGACUUCAUCACGGCCCUGCCCGAGGGCUACCACACGCGCAUCGGCGAGCGCGGCGGUCUCCUCUCGGGCGGGCAAAAGCAGCGCGUCGCCAUUGCCCGGAGCAUCGUCUCGGACCCCAAGGUCUUGCUGCUGGACGAGGCCACGAGCGCACUGGACCCGCAGGCCGAGGGGAUCGUGCAAAAAGCGCUCGACAAUGUCGCCCGGAGCCGCACCACCAUUGUCAUUGCCCACAAGCUGGCCACCAUUAAGCGCGCCGAUAAUAUUGUCGUCAUGGCCGAGGGUAGGAUCCUGGAGCAGGGGACCCACGACGGUCUGCUGGCGGCGAAUGGUGCCUAUUCCCGACUGGUCGCCGCACAAAACAUUGCUUCACAUGCCAACAAGAACGAGGUUUCGAGCACAGAUUCGGGAUCGGAAGUAGAGCCCAAGGAAGAAGAGGAAGACUUGUCCGUCAGGAGAACCUUGACCAGACGAGCCACGGCGGAUGAACAGCAGCUCCAGCGCCUCAGAGAUCGAGAUAACUAUGACAAGGCAAAGCACAAGGGCUUGCUAACGUCCGUCUUUGGACUGAUGCGAAGGACGCCAGAGCUCAGGCUUCAAUACUUGAUUAUACUAAUAUCAUGCAUGAUAGCUGCCGCUGUCUUCCCAGGCCAGGCCAUUAUCCUUGCCAGAGUCUUGGACGUAUUCCAGCUUGAUGCCGAGUCCAUGCAGAAGCAAGGCAAUUUUUACGCUCUCAUGUUUCUCAUGUUGAGCUUGGGUUGUCUCCUCUGUUACUUUAUCAUGGGAUGGACAACAAAUAUCAUGGCGCAGACCAUGAACAAGAAAUUCCGAGAGACUAUACUCAACAGCAUGCUUCGGCAGGAUAUCCAGUUCUUUGACCGGCCCGAGAAUACGACUGGAGCGCUUACGAGUCGACUUGAUUCGUAUCCUCAGGCCAUUCUCGAGCUCAUGAGUUUCAACAUCGCGCUCAUUUUGAUCAACAUUUUGAAUAUUCUCGGAUCCAGCAUCCUCGCACUAGUGAUUCAAUGGAAGCUCGGCCUGGUCGGCGUCUUUGCAGGCCUUCCUCCAAUGCUCUUUGCUGGAUAUGCCCGCAUCCGCCUCGAGACACAUAUGGAAUCCAAGAACUCUCACCGUUUCUCCAAUAGUGCUUCCAUCGCGUCAGAGUCCAUCACGGCCAUACGUACCGUAUCUAGCCUAGCCAUAGAAAGCACAAUGCUUGAGAGGUACAGUAACGAGCUGGGUUCUGCCAUCCGCCAGUCAAUCUUGCCUCUUCUGCACAUGAUGUUCUGGUUUUCCUUCACCCAAGCAAUCGAAUAUUUUAUUCUCGCACUUGGGUUCUGGUACGGUUGCAAGCUGGUAUCAAACGGCGAAAUUACCUUUUACCAGUUCUUUGUCUCGUUCAUGGGUACAUUCUUUGCCGGCCAGGCCGCCAGCCAGAUGUUUGGAUAUACGAGCAGUAUCACCAAGGGCAAAAGCGCAGCAAAUUAUCUCUUCUGGAUUGAAGCCCUACAACCGCUGAUCCGCGCAGACACUCCCGAGAACGCAGAUCGCGGUCCAGCUGAUGGCGCCGGCCGGAUCGAGCUGGACAAGAUUCACUUCUCCUACCCUCUCCGUCCCGACACCCGCGUGCUGCGUGGCGUCGACCUCGACAUCCGGCGCGGCGAGUUCGUCGCGUUUGUGGGGGCCUCGGGGUGCGGCAAAAGCACCAUGAUUGCCAUGUUGGAGCGUUUCUAUGACCCAACCUCAGGCACCAUCCGCGUGGACGCCGAGCCCCUCGUCGACAUUAACCCGCGGCUCUACCGGCGGCAUGUAUCGCUGGUCCAGCAGGAACCGACACUGUAUCAGGGCAGCGUGCGCGAUAAUGUGCUGCUCGGCAAAGAGCAGUCAGAUGGAGGCGACUCGGCGACUGACGAAGAGGUCGAAAAGGCUCUGCGCGCUGCCAACGCGUGGGACUUUGUCAUGUCGCUCCCCGACGGUACAGCUACUCAGUGCGGGACGAGCGGUUCGCAGCUGUCCGGUGGCCAGAGGCAACGCAUCGCCAUUGCGCGAUCCCUGAUUCGCCAACCCAACGUGCUGCUCUUGGACGAAGCAACGUCGGCUCUGGACACGGCCUCGGAGAAGCUUGUCCAGGCCGCCCUUGCCGAUGCGGCGGCGUCGGGAGAACGCAUCACCAUUGCUGUUGCUCAUCGACUGAGCACAAUCAAGGAUGCGGAUCGGAUAUGCGUCUUUUAUGGUGGCAGAAUUGUCGAGUCUGGUACACAUGACGAGCUUUUGGCGUUGGGGAAGCUGUACAGGGACAUGUGUCAGGCGCAGAGUCUUGAUAGAGAGGCGGCUUGA